ACUGCGUCAAACUCCCCUCUCCUUCCUGUAACACCCGUGCUCCGCCUGUCUGUGAUGAGCUCACUGUAGGAACUAUGAACAAUUAAAUAGUAAAAACAACAUCUUGCUUCAACAGGCGCCACUUUUCAGGUUUCAACUUGUUCCGAUUUUUUCCCCUAGUAACACCUGUUGUCCAGCAGAGAGUGAGGACAGUGGAGGAGAUACGGGAUUAGGAGGAAAGAUGUUGCUCCAUCAAACAUCCUCACCUCAGGACCAAGACAAUUGCAGUAGGCCAGUGACUGUUCUAUCCACCCGCCUAAUCUCCUAGAGACGUUGAAGGACCAAGGACUCCAAGACCUGUUUUUUAUUCACCUUCUCUUUUUUGGGGGGAAAUUCAUUGGACUGCCCUACAUUGGAACUAACUAGCUACUUUUUUCAGUGUGGACAGGUUUGCAGACAUCUGCGUUGGAGUUUCAGUCUGUUUUGGAGUCAGGCCUAUUAGCACUUCCAGAUAAAAGAGUGUUUUUUUAACCUUUCCCCUGGAUUACCUGUUCAGGUUGGUGAUGGGGAAUGUGGCGGGGGGAAUAGAACAGGCAGAUGGCAGGGAGGCCAAGCACUCUGUGGGGUCAGGAACGGGCCUGAGUGACCCCACCCCGACCCUGCAGAAGAAGCAGCCUGCUCCCCCCAAGCUGCCCGUGCCCCCAGAGGACGAGCUGGAGGAGCGCUUCAGUGUGGUUCUGAGCUAUAUGAACUUGCCUCCAGACAAGCUGAAACUGUUGAGUCAGUAUGACAAUGACAAGAAGUGGGAGCUGAUCUGUGAUCAGGAGCGGUUCCAGGUGAAGAACCCUCCCUCUGCCUAUCUGACCAAGAUCAAGAGCUUCUAUCAGGACCAAGGAGGAGUGACCCGCAGGUUCAAGAGGCGGGUCCAGGAGUCCACCCAGGUAUUGAGAGAGCUGGAGAUCUCCCUCCGCACUAAUCAUAUUGGCUGGGCCCAGGAGUUUCUGAAUGAGGAGAACCAGGGUUUGGAUGUACUGGUGGAUUACCUGUCCUACGCCCAGUGUGACGCUUCGUUUGACUUGGAGGGUGCUGAGAAUGGGGGAACACUGUCAGAGAGAGGGAAGCCAGCGGAGAGGUCCAUGGAGGACCUGAAUAAGAGUGCAGGAAGCUCCCCUACACACGGCAUGACCAGAGCAGCCCGCGCCCUGACCGUACGAAUAACCUCUCUGGCCCAGAGUAGGAGAACUCAGAAGAUCUCUCGAUUGGCCAGUCAGAGGGACGACGUCCAUGUGUGCAUCAUGUGUCUGCGUGCCAUCAUGAACUACCAGUCGGGCUUCAACCAAGUUAUGACUCACCCACGCUGCGUCAACGAGAUCACUCUCAGUCUCAACAACAAGAACCCCAGAACCAAAGCCCUGGUGUUGGAGCUGUUGGCUGCUGUGUGUCUUGUGAGGGAUGGUCAUGACAUCAUUCUCGCCGCCUUCGACAACCUCAAGGAGGUGAGCGGAGAGAAGAACCGCUUUGAGAAACUGAUGGAGUACUUUAGCAACGAUGACAGCAACAUUGACUUCAUGGUGGCCUGCAUGCAGUUCAUUAAUAUUGUGGUGCAUUCGGUGGAGAAUAUGAACUUCCGUGUGCACCUGCAAUAUGAGUUCACUCACCACGGACUGGACCAGUACCUAGAGUCUCUGAAGCUGACGGAGAGUGAGAAGCUGCAGGUUCAGAUUCAGGCCUACCUGGACAACGUGUUUGAUGUGGGGGCUCUGCUGGAGGAUGCAGAGAACAGGGGCGGGGUGCUGGAGCAUGUGGACGAACUGCGGGAGCACAACUCACAGCUGAGUGCCAGGCUAGAGGAGAUUGAGAGCCAGUCAGCAGAGAGGAUGGCUGAACUGGAGAAACAGCUCCUCCAAGCCACCAAGGAGACAGAGCUGCUCAAGGAGAGCCUGCGGGACUCCUGUUCCCAGGUCAGUUCUCUGCAGCAGAGAGAGAGGGAGAGGGAGAUGAGCCAGGAGAGGGAGCGGGACAGAGAGCGUCUAAGCCAGCCCUCCUCUGAGCUGGAAUUCAAGGUGCAGGAGCUGCAGGACCGAGGGCUGAUCCGCCUGGGACGCACCCCCUCUGGGGCCCUAGACCUCCAGGUGGUGCCUGUCACCAUCAUCGAGUACGCCCCCGCCCCAGCCUCUGAGCCCCUGCUCAGCUCCACUGGUCCCACUGCCCCUGGCCUAGACGUCCCUGAUGUCACUCCCUCCUCAGCCAUCUCUUCUGUCCCCCUCCUCCUCCCCUCCACCUCCUGGGCCUGGUGGACCUGCUCCCCCACCCCCUCCACCACCUCCUCCUCCUCCUCUCCCAAAUGGCUCUGGUGGCCCACCUCCCCCUCCUCCUCCCCCUCAUCCCAGUGGAGACAGCCAAGCCGAUCUGAGACUGAAAAGCCCAUGGCAUAUGAUUUGCAUUGUUCAUCAACACAAUUCAGAGGUAAAAGCAGGAAACCCAUCCAGACUAAGUUCCGGAUGCCUUUGCUCAACUGGCAGGCCCUGAAGCCCAACCAGGUGACUGGCACGGUCUUCCACGAGCUGGACGACGAGCAGGUCUUAGGGGAGCUGAACAUGGAGGUGUUUGAGGAGCAGUUUAAGACCAAGGCCCAGGGUCCUCCAGCAGCUCUGUCCACUCUUAAGGUCAAGGUGGCCCAGAAGGCCCCCAGCAAGGUCAACCUGAUCGAGGGCAACAAGGCCAAGAACCUGGCCAUCACGCUACGCAAGGGAGGCCGGAGCCCCGCAGACAUCUGCACAGCUAUAGAGACGUAUGACCAGCAAGCGUUGGGGCUGGACUUCCUGGAGCUGCUGGAGAGGUUUGUCCCAUCAGACUACGAGAUGAAACUCCUCCAAAACUAUGAGAAGGAAGGCCGUCCGCUGGAUGAUCUGGCAGAGGAGGACCGCUUCAUGAUGCGCUUUGGGAAGAUCCCCCGUCUGGCCCAGCGAAUCAGCACCCUCACCUUCAUGGGCAACUUCCCCGAGAGUGUCAAACAUCUGCAGCCGCAACUGAACUCCAUGAUCACAGCAUCCAUGUCCAUUAAGUCCUCGGCCAAGCUGAAGAAGAUGUUAGAGAUCAUCCUGGCCUUUGGGAACUACAUGAACAGCAGUAAGAGGGGUGCAGCCUAUGGGUUCCGCCUGCAGAGUCUGGACCUGCUGCUGGACACCAAGUCUACUGACCGGUCCCAGACCCUGCUACACUUCAUCUCCAGCAUCGUCCAGGAGAAAUACCCCGAGCUCAACAACUUCCACACUGAGCUGCACUUUGUGGACAAGGCUGGCUUAGUGUCUCUGGACAGUAUUCUUCAGGAUAUCCGCUCUCUGGAGAGGGGAAUGGAAGUGACCAAGAAGGAGUUCCUGGUGCAGGAAGACAACACAGUGCUGAAGGACUUUGUCAAGACAAACAGUGAAUUACUGGACUCAUUACUCAAAGACAGCAAGACCGCUCAGGAGGCGUAUGGCUCGGUGGUGGAGUAUUUUGGAGAGAACCCCAAGACCACACAACCCUCCAUGUUUUUCCCUCCGUUUGUCCGCUUCAUGAAGGCCUAUAAGCAAGCAGAGAAGGAUAAUGAACAGAAGAAGAGACUGGAGGCCCAGAGCAGUGAGAACCAAGCAGAGUCUCCCUCCCCUAGAAAGAAAGAGGCUGCAGGACACAAGUCUCCCAUGAUGCCCAAGAUGGACCUGAUAGCGGAGCUGAAGAAGAGGCAGGUGAAGCCUCAGGUGAAGGAUGGGGCCCUGGAGGACAUCAUCACAGACCUGAGGAACUCACCGUUCAGAGCAACAGAUGGACGGAGACCAGCACAGCGUCAAGACACCUGAACAACCCCAGCCCCGAGACCCCACAACUCCACUGAGAUGACUGUACACACUCAAUGUCAAAGUGUGUGCAUACACAGAACACAAAUACAUACCUGUACUGUACAUACACAAUACACCUACAUUAGCACUGAAGAUUAUAUGGCCUUUUACCUAUCAAUACACAUUUAAACAACAGUAUGAAUUGACUCUGUAAAUAGAACAGAGUUUAAGCUAUAGUCAUGAGCAAAUGUGUAACAUAGAAAUACAUUGGUGCGUUUUUAUCCAUUUAGCUUUUUAAAAUAACUUUGAAUGUUUUGUUUUCCCGUUCAUCUUUGAAUGAGUACAUUUUUUUUAAAUAAAAAAAAACAAGAUUCACA